CCCAACCCCCCUACUUUUAUCAUUUCUAUUUGCAUUGAUGCUCCAAAGCGGCUGCAUCUCUUCUGUCGAUCUGGCUUCCAUCAUCCCGUAGCCAUUCUGGACGCUUGUGUUUUUCCUAAAUAGCCUCAUCUCAACAACAUAGGCUGUCAUGGCUGAGAACUACCAAGUGUUGGAGGAGUUGGGCAGUGGUAGCUUUGGCACCGUAUACAAGGCCAUUGAGAAGACGACGGGAGAGCUCGUCGCCAUCAAGCAUAUUGACCUCGAGCAGAGCACCGAUGAAAUACACGAGAUACAGAGCGAGAUAUCCCUGCUGAGCACCUGUCUCAGUCCUCAUGUCGCACACUACAAGACAAGUUUUGUGAAGGGUGUCAAGCUAUGGAUCGUCAUGGAGUACUUGGGGGGGGGAUCCUGUCUAGACUUGAUCAAACCUGGACCAUUUGGGGAAGCCCAUAUUGCUAUUGUGUGCCGAGAGCUCCUUCUCGGCCUUGACUAUCUGCACACAUCGGGGAAGAUCCACCGAGACAUCAAAGCCGCGAACAUUCUUCUCUCCCAAUCGGGCAAGGUCAAGAUUGCCGACUUCGGCGUCGCAGCUCAGCUCACCAACAUCAACUCACAACGCUUAACCUUCGUUGGAACCCCGUUCUGGAUGGCGCCAGAAGUCAUUCAAGAGGCCGGUUAUGACUAUAAAGCCGACAUUUGGUCUCUUGGAAUUACCGCCCUCGAGAUGGCCAACGGCGAACCACCGCAUGCCGGUCUGCAUCCCAUGAAGGUGCUUUUUGCGAUUCCAAAGACCCCUGCUCCGCGCCUGGAGGGCACCCGGUGGAGCAAAGACUUCAAAGAAUUUAUAUGUCAGUGCUUGAUCAAAGACCCUGACCGGCGAGCGUCAGCAAAGGAGCUGCUCCGGCAUCGGUUCAUCCAACGAGCUGGGAAAGUCGAAGCUUUGCGCGAGUUGAUCGAGCGAAAACAACUGUAUGAUGCACAGGAAGAACGUACCUCCCACCCCAAGUAUUACGAGGAGACAAUGGUUGAUGUCUCUCCACGAUUUGAGCAAGACGAGUGGAUCUUUGACACAAUUAAACAAGCCACCGUCGCUCCUGCCCGCCACUCUGCUAAACGCCGUAAGAUGGCGCGCAUUCCAUCCAGCGAAGCUACCGCUUGUGCAAACAUGAUGCAGCGCAUGGAUCUCAGCGCAGCACCCCUCGGGACUGUGUCCAACUCUCCAGUCCCAGAAUCUUGUCGCCAGUCACUCUCUCGCAAGUCCUCUGCUACUACAGCCAUUCGUGUAUCUUCAGGUUCGACACCAACUGCUCGUCGAGUCAAUAACCAACCUCAGGCGCCGAAGCAACCGCUUGGAGUCGAUCUCUCAUUUGGCAACUCCCCAUCCACUGUACGACAAUUUAAACGCGUUUCGUCUGUUGAGCAUCGAAGCGCUCUUGCGUCUAAUCCUCCUAAUAGCGCCUUCGUUCCGAAUCCCCAAGCUCAGACUUUCCGCCCAUCGCCGCCGAACUCCGCUCACCCUCUAGAUAUUAACAAUGAGAAUGAAUCUCCUGCACAUUACCCUCUGACGCCGGUCACGAGGGAUGCCCUUUACGGAAGGCGAGCAUAUAGCAAGGUUCUUGACUCUGUAUUCCAAGAAGCUCAUGCCCAGUCGGGCUCUGAGCAUCAGCGUGAAGCUAUGGCACGAGUUGCACAUGCCUGGUCGCAGCUUGAUCAGGUUGAUCCACAAGGCGAAUAUCUCCUCUUGAAGGCAAUGAUCGACAGGCUACAAGGUGAUUCAAGACUCGCUUCUGCCCUCGGCAUUAGCGCCUGUCCUAUUUCAACUCCUAUCAAGCACAACACAAAGGUGAGCGACACCAGCCUCAGCGGUUCCACUGUGCACGGCACUAGCACUACGCGUAUCCGGUCCAACACGACGAACCACUCUACACCCUCGAUGGACUCGUCAUUCGAGAUUAAUCCAACCCUGCCACCGACUUCCGUACUCGCCCCACUGUCUACUCCCAACGGCAAUUCCUCGUCUCCGCAAAAGGGUCCACGACUACUUCUAGCCCAAAACAAUCCACAUCUGAAGUCCCACCGUCGCCGUCAAAGCGCUAUGAUUGGAGGUGAUAAUGUCUUUGGCGUUGAUGUGUUUGCAGGCUUGGAUGAGAAGAAACUGCCGGGUCACGUGGAACGCGGGAUGGAGUCUCACGGCCUAUUAGCAGAUGUUUUGUAUGGGCGAUGGAUGGAGGGCUUGAGGAGUAGGUGGCCCUUGGCGUAAUCGCGAGCUUCACAUAGAUAGUAGGUGUGAAUAUUUGGAUAUUCUGUUGUGGCGACAGUGAAUUGUUUCCGUCCUUGAAUUCUGUCACUACAUCCGAUCAUCAUCACCUCCUUGAUCUAGUUUGACCCAUGAGGUCAAUAAGACCAGAUGUCUAAGAGAGUCUGGGCUAGUUCAUUUUUCUAUCAGUUUCUGGGCAUCAUUCUAACAUUCGGAUGUUUGCAUAUUAUAUUUAGUUCAAGGCUAAUCAGCUUGUCAUGGACGCGUUAUGAUUCCCACGAAUGCCUCUUUUUUUGCAUGUAGAAUACUUCGCAUUCAUACCGGAGCUUUAGGGUUUUUGUAAGCAUAAUCAUG